UUCACGGACCCCACCCCCCAACCAACCGUAUUCCCUUGUUUCUGUUUAUGAAUCCACUUCGCGGUUUCACGGACCCCACCCCCCAACCAACCGUAUUCCCUUGUUUCCGUUUAUGAAUCCACUUCGCGGUUUCACAGUUCUCCCCUCCUCCACACUCGUGUUCCAUGGCUGCCGGCUCCGAGACGCCGAGUCUCCGUUGUCGAUCUCUGCUGCUCGUCCUGGCGACGCUCGGCUUGAUGUGGGCGGCGGAGGGAAGGAGACUGCAUUUUGUCAAUCUGAUUUAUCGCCAUGGAGACCGUUCACCUAUCAAUAAAUACCCUACAAAUCCAUACACAGAGGAGGACUGGCCACAAGGCCUUGGGCAGCUUACUCAGGUUGGGAUGAGGCAGCAGUAUGAGCUGGGCCAGUUUCUGCGAGAGCGUUAUAAAGAUUUCCUCAACUCCUCGUACGACCGGCGAGAGAUUUAUGUUCGGAGUACAGAUAUCGACCGAACUCUAAUGAGUGCUCGGGCAAAUCUCGCUGGUCUAUACCCUCCACAUGGACAUCAGAUCUUCCGACCUGACCUUAACUGGCAGCCCAUCCCUGUGCAUACGGUGCCUUUGAUUUAUGAAAAACUCCUCAAGUUCCCAUUAUCAAACUGCCCUCGCUAUGAGAAGCUGUUGAAGGAGUCACUGAACAGCAAAAGAAUUGAGAAAACGGUGGAAGAAAAUCAGGACUUUCUGGACAUGGUAUCUGAAAAGAGCAAGCUGAAGGUGAUCUUCACAAAUGUGUGGAAACUAUAUGAUACCCUGUUUUGUGAAAAAAUUCAUAAUUUCACUCUGCCUCCCUGGGUGACACCGGAAGUGAUUGCUCGUCUGGAAUAUCUGAACAACUUGGGCAUGGAAGUCCUCUUCGGCCUGCCUGGAAUGCAGGAGAAAUCACGGCUUCAAGGCGGCUUGCUUCUCAAACAAAUCCUUGAAAAUGUUACUCGUUCAAUAAAUGAGACCAAUUCCACUCCCCGUCUCAAAAUGAUCAUAUACUCAGCGCAUGAUACAACACUUAUAGCACUUCAGAUGGCAUUGAACGUGUACUCUGGCAACAUUCCUCCCUAUGCUUCCUGUUACAUGUUUGAGCUGUACCAGGAGAAUGAUGGGUCAUUCACAUUGGACAUGUACUUCAGGAAUGACACUAGUAUUGACCCUCAUUUGCUUGCUCUGCCAUCCUGCUCUGAGCACUGUCCCUUACAAAAGUUUAUCCAAAACACCAAGGAUCUGAUCUCUGACAAUCGAGAUGAGGAAUGCGGGUUGGCCAGUCAAGUCAGCUCGUGUAUUCUGGCAGAGAGGAUUGUGAUUGCGGUAUUGUCCGUCUGCCUGCUGUUGCUGAUCCUCGUGCUGAUUAUCCAACACUGCUUCUGGAAGCGGAAGACACGCCAUCACAGAGUUCCUUCCAAUAGUGAGGAGCUGGCCUGACAAUCAAUGACAUUGCUGCCACACCCCAGCUCGUAGGACGAUUGAUUCAACCACUUGCCUGCCAAUCUGUCACAUUUCUAAUUACUGACUGGUAGGGGGCCAGCUUGCUUGGAAUUGAGUGUUUUGUUUAAUGAUUGUCAUUGAGGUUGAGGGAUGCAUUCCUUAUUUUUGUAACUGGUGAUUGGACCAACCCUGCCCUUAACUCCAAUGCCACCCCCCUCCGUCUCCACACUUUGUUGCUGACUGCCCCCUGCCCCCACCCUACCUCCACCAGUUCUGUGGGGAGACUUAUGCAGCACUAGUUGCCACAGGAUGUUCCUUUCAUACCUUCUGUCCUCUCUGCCACAAAAGACUGCUUAUUUUUACCUCUCUUAACAUUACCUUUCCCUUUGUCUCAGCUUUUCUGGUACAGGAUUCCUUCACCCAGUGUCUUCAAUAUUACCAGCUCCAUCUUUUCUGAUGCACUUCUGUGUGGUUUUGGGGUCUACUAAUGCCUUGAAUUUGUAGUUUAUUAUCCCUUUUUGUGAACCACUUAUGGCAUCUUUCCCCUUCUUAUGUCUGUAACUUCCUCAAGCCCAACAACCCCAAAAAUCCCAGCUGUCCAUUUCUUACUUUGCCCCUUUGAGAAUCCUUCCUGUAUUUUCCUCCUUGUUGGGGUUGUAUAUUCAAACACCAAGACCCUGUGUCCUGGAGUUUCCUUCUAAACAUUGUCACCUGAAAAAUGAUUGCUUUCAUUUACAUAGAACAGUACAGCACAGUACAGGCCCUUCGGCCCAUGAUGUUGUGCCGACCUAUAUCCUACUAAGAUCAAACUACCCUGCAUACCCUACAUCAUCCAUGUGCCUAUCCGAGAGUCACUUAAAACUCUCUAAAAUAUCUGACUCCACUACCACUGCCGGGAGCGCAUUCCACAUGCCCACCACGCUCUGUGUAAAGAACAUACUUCUGACAUCUCCCCUAUAUCUUCCUCCAAUCACCUUAAAAUUAUGCCUCCUCAUAAUAGUCAUUUCCACCCUGCAAAAAAGUCUCUGAUUAUCCACUCUAUCUAUGCCUCUAACCAUCUUGUACACCUCUACCAAGUCACCUCUCCUCCUUCUUUGCUCCAGUGAGAACAGCCCUAACUCUCUCAACCUUUCUUCGUAAGAUCUACCCUUCAUCCAGGCAGCUUCCUGGUAAAUCUCCUCUGCACUCUCUCUAAAGCUUCCACAUUUUCCUAUAAUGAGGCAAGCAGAACUGAACACAAUAUUCCAAGAGUUGUCUAACUAGGGUUUUGUGGAGCUGUAGUACAACCUCACGGCUCUUAAACUCAAUUCCCCUGCCAAUGAAAGCCAACACACCACACGCCUUCUUAAUAACCCUAUCAACUUGGGUGGCAACUUUGAGGGAUCUAUGGACUUAGACCCCAAGAUCCCUCUGUUCCUCCACAUUGCCAAGAAUCCUGCCAUUAACCCUGUAAUCUGCAUUCAAAUUCAACCUUGCAAACUGCAUCAGUUCACAUUUUUCCAGGUUGAAUUCCAUGCCCCACUUCUUUGCUCAGCUCUGCAUCCUAUCAAUAUCCCGUUGCAACCUACAACAGCCCUCCACACUAUCCACAACUCCACCAGCCUUUGUGUCAUUGGCAAAGUUACUAACCCAUCCUUCCACUUCCGCAUCCAAGUCAUUUAUAAUGACCACAAAGAGCAGAGGUCCCAGAACAGAUCCCUGUGGAACAUCACUGGUCACCGAGCUCCAGGCUGAAUAUUUCCCAUCUACUACCACUCUCAUCUUCUAUUUGAAGGCCAGUUUCACAUCAGACAGCCUAAUUUCCCUGAAUCCCCCAUGCCUCCUACUUUCUGAAUUUGCCUAUCUUGGGAACCUUAUCAAACGCCUUGCUAAAAUCCAUAUUCACCACAUCCAUUGCUCCACCCUCAUCAGUGUGCUUUGUCACAUCCUCAAAGAAUGCAAUAAGGCUUGUGAGACAUGACCUGCCCUUCAUAAAGCUAUGCUGACUGACUGACUAACUAACUAGUGUUUGAUUCCUCCUUGUAAAACUUCCUGUGGCUGAGAUCUCCCUCAGGACACAGUGGAGUUGGACUUCAAGUUUGGAUGUGGCGUGUGCUGUGUAAGUGCUCGUUGUUGGAUCUGCAGUGUUCAGUGAGCUUCCCUGUGGCUCUGGGUCAUGCUUCACAGAACUAAUUCUCCAACAAGCCUCUGAAGGGGUUAGAGUGAAAGCAAUAUUUGUACAUGACUUUUCUAACAGAUUGUAGGUGCAUGCAGCUUGAACUGACAUAUUUAACAAAGGCCAUGAUUUUAACUUUGCUGAAGGUAGAAUCUAAGAGUAUACUGGGGAAACGUAUUUGAGCAGGAACCGAAAAGUUGAGCUGAAAGACCUAGCUGCUUGCUUAUCCCAAGGAUGUGAACAUUUAUUCAAAUUGUUAGCAGUUGCUUUCUGUACUUUUUUCCCUUUGUGCCAUUUUGUUUCAGCAUCUUUGAGGAGACUUGAUUACUUCGGAACAGCCUGCCUUACCCUCGGUAACUAGCCCAUUUUGCUAGUGUCCCCGAUUCCUGACUGAAGAGGAAAACCAGGGUUCAGCUUGAUGCCUCUCUGGCCUGGCUCAGUGCGGUAAUGGGCAUGUACUGUGCAUGAGCUUGUGGGGAAUUAGCCCCUUCUGGGAUCCUACUGUACAUUGUGUGAAAGGAGUAUGUUGCAAUUAUUCCGUUGCUGUUAGAUUGCAGUACUUUGGCAGUGCCUCUCAUAUACUCUGGAAGUGAAGUCAGGACUCCAGACCCUCUCUCUUGUUCAGCACUCAGCUGUUCCUGGUGGCCAGUGGAUUAAUCUACUCUGCACAGUAUGUCCGAGUACUUGGAGCUCCGUCACUGUUCCAUAUCAUAACUAAUUCUCCAGUAUCUACAGUUCUUUGUUUAGUUUAGUUUGUCUGCUGUGACCUUUCUGCAAUUGUAUUCUUGUCAUUGUGGCUGAGUCAGAUGUUGUAAAAGAUUACAUUAUUGUUCUUAAUCGUGUUCCAUGCCAUAACACUAGCUGAUUUAUUAAUCAAAAAGUAGUUAAAAAAUAGAUUAUUUUGAUAACUAAAAUAAUAAAUGGGAUCUUAAUAAGACCAGAAGUAAGCCAUUCAGGCGAAUGAGUCUGCCAUUCAAUGAGAUAGAACACAGAACAUAGAACAGUACAGCACAGGACAGGCCCUUCGGUCCACAAUGUUGUGCCGAACCUUUCCCCUAAUCCUAAAGCCUAUCUAACCUCCAACCUACCUUAUACUAUCAUCCAUAAAUGGCUAAAGAUCAUGGAUAAUCUGAUAAUUUUCAUAUCCACUUUCCUGCUUUCUCCCCAUAACUUUGAUUCCUUUUCUGGUUAAAAGCCUGCCUAUCUUGACUUUGAAUAUACUUAACCACGCAGGCUUGACAGCUGUCUGCAAUGAAGUAUUCCUCAGAUUCAAAACCCUUUGAGAGAAGAAAUCCCUCCUGUUCUUUAGUGUGUGACCCCUUUAUUCUGAGAUUAUGCCCUCUGGUCCUAGACUCUUCCACAAGCGGGGAAAAACAUUCCACAUCUACCCUGCCAAAUUCUCUGAGAAUCUUAUAUGUUUCAAUGAGGUCACCUCUCAUUCUUAUGAACGCCAACAAAUAAAGGCCCAACUUACUUAGUCUCCUUAUAAGAUCCUCCUAUCCAGUAUCAACCUAAUGAACUUACUCUGAAAUGCCUCUAAUACCAGUAUAUCUUUCUUUAGAUAAGGGGACCAAAACUGUUCACAGUAUUCCAGCUGUGGUCUGACUCGUGUCUUGUAGUCUUAGCAAAACCUUCUUAUUUUUAAACUUCAUUCCCUUUGACAUAAAGGUCAAUAUUCCAUUUGCACUUCUUAGAUACAUACAAAGAAAUUAUUACCUCUGUCAAUGAGUUCAGAACAAGUGCCAAAAUCUUAAAAUUGAAGCUAAGCUUUCUACAGUGAAUUCUGUUACUUAGAGAGGGGAGUGGAUUCCUUAACUCUUCCCCAAAAAUCUUUUGAUGCAUACAUCAAUCAGACCUUUCAAAAUUGUAUUCAUUAGUCCGUCAUUGGCUGACGUUAUCAAGGGGGUAAAUGUGAGUAAACCGAGUUCAGAUACAGAUUAGCCAUGAAGCUCCUAGUGGCCUGUUUCUGUUCCCACGCUUAAAGAUUUUAAUCGCACAUAUCACUCCCAUUUGCCAUUAACCAUUCCUCAAUAAAGUCCUCGAAUGUUUUGUCAGCUCCCAAUCUUUAACUCCACAGUUGAACCUGACCACUGGCUUUAUGCUGUGUCACAGCAAGAAACAGCCCUAUGUCAGAAAUUAUAUGCUCUGUGACUGACCGAGGUAAACUACCCUUCCCCAUCCUUCUCAGCAGCAUUCACAUAAUUGAUCACAUCAUCUUUCAUUUUCACUUGUACUCUAUCACGCUAUGCAGGGAUUCACUCACCUGAUUCUAUUCAAAUCUAUCCAGGGACACAUCUAGCCAUCCAUUAUUGAAAACUUUGCCAAAAUCUUUGCUACCUUGACUAUUCAAAUACAUCACAGGCUUGAGCUCAUCUAAAUCUGCUGUUCUAACUCACACCCAUCCUGUGCUCCCAAUCCAACAAUGUCUCUAUUUUAUAAAAUUGCAUCCUUGUGUUAAAAUCCCAUUUCAUGCUAACCUCAUCCAGUCCCACAAACUUCCAUCACUAUUUUACCAGCUCAGGGCUAUUUUUUUAACCAUCCAUCUCUCUUUGUCUUACUGUUGACAGCCCUGUUUCUAACUUUUGAGAUUUCCUCUCCAAACCUCUUGACCUUGCAAACUGUCUCACUACCUUUAAGAUGUGUCUUAAGACCUACCUUUUGGACAUUUGAACCUUCUGUACAGGUUUUGUGUUCUCUCCACUUUUCUGCUAGGUCCCUUCCAUGGAACUGGCUUUUUCUCAAGUUGACAAAAAUAUUGAAGUAUUAAUUGCAAAAUUAGUUUAAAUAAACUAUUUGUUGCUAUCAUGUCUUUUUAAUUGAUGAAUCAUUAACCUUAAUUGCACUUCCAGAAUGCUAAUCGACAUACCUUUGACAAUUGUCUCAUGUUUGGCUGAUGCCGUUUUCUGAGCCCAUCACAGCUCCAAUGAUAAUGUCUGACAGCCUACCCCAGUCAGAGAGAAAUAUCCAGAAAGGUAUAAUGUGAUAGCAAUGUAUCAUGCUUUUUAAAAAAUUUUUGUAUACAAGGAGCUUCAUGUUAUUAAUGUUGUAAUUCAGUAAAAUCUGGUUUAUUGCACUUUGCUGCUGGUCAACAGUUAAACUUUUAAUAAUACCUGAUUUAUACAUCCUU